GCUUGCUCGUCAAAUACUCUUUCGCAUUCGUCUUACGCAUCCUUUUUCUUCCAAUUCAUCGCUAUCGUAUCGAUGCAACACGUGUUUGCCAAUCAGAUUGCAUUCACCAAUAAUCGGAAUGAAUAAAGUGCCAUUUGACCUGUUUCCAAAUAAAAGACGUCAAUGAAACGUCAAUGAAGUAAUUUUACAACUUGUCUCGAGAGAGAUCGUUCGUUAUAUCCAAGCGCAUACAUAAAAUUCGAAAUUGACCAUAGCAAAUACACACACUCGUGUAUUUGAUUUUAUCGGUCGAGCGCCCCUCCAUUUUUUUAUUUCUCUUACUUUCGAUGUUUCGCCAAAGUAUCUAGAAUCGCCCGGGAGGGGAAUCGGAACAUCUUUCGAACGGAAUAGAUGGAUUUUCAAUUUAUCGAGAGCCGGUGAAUCCUUCCUUAUUCGAAAGUGAAGAGGCGUGACUACAGUCGCAUGGAGUCGGCCGGAUGAACGCGGCGCGAUAUGACCAGUGAUUUUUCACGAUGAGCUUUCACGUUGAUGGGAGUAAAGUUUAUUCCGAGUGGGGAAACACGGCAAACACGAUGAACCGAAAACGGAUAUUUGCUCGGCAAAUAGCGCUUCUUGGAGAACUUGCCUCAGCGCGACGAGAAUAACGACCCAUUUUCGCCUACGUUCUCGCAAAUUCUUGACUUGACCGAUUUCGAUCCGAAACUUGUUUGUUUACGUUUUCUUUUUCACUCGUCGAAGGUGAAAGAGAGGUUACGCCCGACCGAUAAACGAAGGAAACGAGAAACAAAAAUACGACCGAUGGUGUGCGAUUACUUGGGCCAAGUAAUUAGUUCUGUUGGCAUGGUUGCCGUUGUCGAGAGCAGUUGAAUUUUGCUUGCGAAUGUUAUAAAUGCGAAUCAAAAACUUGUUCCCAUUUCUUUUUUUUUUCGAACUUCUUUCCAGGGAAAAUUGCUUUCCCUGCUUUUUCCCCUCGUUUCCUGUUCUCCGCCGACAGAGAGCAAGUCACGUUGUCGCUUCCUAAAAUACGUUGGUACGCGCGGCGAAUCGUUCCUUACUUCCUUGUUCCAUCGAUCGACGGGUUCGAUAUUUUGUUUCCAACUCGCGAUAAUUCUCGAGGUGAAAAAACUCGAUGAUAGAUGAUUCUCGCGUAGGUGGAAAAUAUGCGGGCUGUAUCGAAGCGCGAGUAAUCGAAUUUGAAAGUUUUAAACAAUGGAGGAAAUUUUUAUCCGUUAAUCUUUCGAUGCCAUUUUUCCUCGUUACCUCCCUAAUUCCAGUUUAUACGAAUUUCGAAAAGUUGCAGUUGCGUUUUUCGUGUGUUUUGACGGGGUUAUACGCGGAUAGGAGUCGGAGGUAAGUUAACGAUAUCCGGGCGAAAAUAAGGCGGAUAAAAACGUGGGGCAAAAGACGCGGGGGAGGUUGAACGAUCAUUAAUGCUUGUCACGUUUUCCGAUUGAAAUUUCUUCCCACAAUCGAUGGACCGACCGAGCACGAGCAUUCUUAAUGCGCAAGAUGUUUGGUCGAUUAAUCGGGGAAAAGAUCGGGGAAUAUAUUAGUAACGUACGAGGGGCUUUCGAUCGGUUAUCGAUGAACGAAUUUUCCAUUCGAAUAUCGCUUCGAAAGAAGUGCAUCAAUAAAGAGACUGUUGGAAACUUAUCCGAUGAAACAUUAGCUACGAGACGAUGCAAUUGUAUAUCUUUGGAUCGGGAUAUCGUGGAUCCGCCAGUAACGGGAAAAAUUUAAUAGUUGAAUUAUUUCGAUAAUUUAUCGUUCAAAAUAAUAAUAAUCGCAAAUAAUUGUAGUAGCAAAAGUGGCCAAGUUAUUAAAGCUAAAAGAAUAAAUGUUAUUUAGGCAUCUUGAUUACUUGAAGUGACUUUAUUCGAAUUUAUUAUUAUUUUUAACUAAUUUUUAUGAGAGGAUAAUGACGAUACUUAAGAAAUCUUUGUCGUUUCGAGCCCCCUCAAGAUCAAGUUUCUAGAUUUCUGUACUCGUGUUCGUUAAGACUUUUAUAUAAGAAAUUAUUCGGAAUUAUUGUUCUCGAAUCGAGGGAAAUAGAAGGAAAAAUGUUUGAUGUUUCUAUCAUAGCCAUGGGACAAUAUUGGACAGGGAUCGAGAGAACGGUAAAUUGGUGGAAAACCGAAGGGGAACGAAAUGGGGCAUAAGAAAGGACGAUCGAAGGCGGAAGCGAUAGAAGUGAAAAUCGAACGGAGGUGCUCGAGUAAAGAGCACAGCGACGAUCGUAAGCAAUUACGAAGAGAGAAGUUGAACGAGGAUUCCGGCGACAUGUUCUCUCCUUGAGAAUUAUUGGCCGAUCGGUGUUGCGUCGUUUGCAAAUUGUAGCGAAAUUAAAUAUCGUUACACACGCGCGCGCGCGCGCACACGUUGUACGGCCGAUCGAUAAACGGACAACCGCGGAGGACGAAUAUGUAUACACGAGCAGAACGUAACUCAUUAUUUAAAGUUUUCAUCGAAACGAGGAUCCACGAUCGAAGACAGCAUCCAAAAGUCUCUCUCGAGUAUUAAAUUUCUCGUAACAUGGCGAAUUCUAUCUUCCACUUUUCCUGCUUUCUUUGAUCAUUUGUCACUCAAUUUCAUCACCAUUCACUGCCAAGAUAUCGAAACACAGGUAUUCUAAUAUUGUAUUAACGCUCUUCAGAUUUACGGACAGAUUGCAAAUGACACGUAUAGCAAUUGCGGAUUAAAUUUACGAAUGAUACUUCACGCCAGAGUAUGUAAGUACCUACUGUUCACUGUGAAAAGAAAUCUCGCAGGACGGUACAGGGGCAAGAGGGAGAACCGUUUAUCCCCACUUCAGACGCUUUGUUGAUAAUCUUGACAAUCUACAUACUGCAUACAUACUGCAGUAGAAGAAGAGCUAAUUUGAACAUUUAAAAUUGAUAAUCAUCUAAGAUUGAAAUAUUUUCUAUUAAUUAUUUUGAUACGAAUACGAAAUUACAUUUAUAAAUUAAACCUGUAUUGUUGUAAAUCAUAAUUAGCACAUUAUGAGAAAAACAAAAUUUUUAUAUUUCGAUUUAGAAUUCUCUGGGUGCUUACGUUUGAUUACGUUUAGGUACAAUCGUUUUGGAUUAGUAUAUGUGACAAAUGGCAUGGUAGAGAAUGCGUUUCCUUCCUUAAAAUUAACCAAUCAGAUCCGCAUUCCUUCUGCGAGAUUUCUUUUCAGCAAUGAACAGUACUUGGCAUUUAGCUGGCAUCUGCGUCUGUGAUACGACGGAAACCUUUUCGCUAUUCACGAAGCCGGAAUCGGAUUAACUCCAGGAACCAAGUACCGUAGCCGAACAUUUCUCGUUUCAACGUUAAUCGAGUAUAAAAGUAUAUUACAACUGUAUCACGUUGGAACCACGAAUUAAUAUUUCGACUGGUAGAAUAAAAAUUUCGGAGAUUCUGAGCGAAGGAAGAGAAUAAAAAAGAGAAAAAAGAAAGACAAGAAAAGAAAAAUGGAAAAAAAACUUUGAGGAACAGGAAGAAUUAAUAAAAAAUAAGAAGGAGAAGCAGUUAAUAAAUUCGGGAAAGAGGAGGAAUUGAUAAAAAUAAGGAGGAGGAGGAAUUGAUAAAAAUAAGGAGGAGGAGGAAUUGAUAAAAAUAGAGAUGGAGUAAUUGAUAAAAAUAAAGAGGAGGAGGAAUUGAUAAGAAUAAGGAAGUGAAGGAAUUAAUAAAGAAGUGGAGAAGCAAAGAAAAGAAAAGAAUGAAUUUGAUGAGAGAUGUAGAAAGAAAUAUCGCGAUCCUGAUGUAAGGGGGAGGAGAAAUGUUUAUUAAUGUUUAGCCGGAGUGCAGUGCUGGAUUUUCGCCGAGUCGCAAUGAAACGCAUUUUUUUUGCCGUUGAAAUUCGAAUUUAAUAAAUUUAGGGAAGAAGAGGAAUUGAUAAAUAUAAGGAGCAGGAGGAAUUGAUAAAUUUUCAGAAAAGAAGGAUAUGAAAAAUAAGGAGGAAAAAUUGAUAAAUUUGAAGAAGAGGUAGAAUUGAUAAAAAUAUGGAGAUAGAGGAAUUGAUAAAUAUAAAGAUAAAAAGGAAUUCAUAAAUUUGGGAAAGAGAAGGAUAUAAUAAAAAUAAGAAAGAGGAGGAAUUGAUAAGAAUAAGGAAGUGGAGGAAUUGAUAAAAAAGUGGAGAAACAAAGCAAAAGAAAAGAAUGAAUUUGACGAGAGAUGUAGAAAGAAAUAUCGCGAUCCUGAUGUAAGAGGGAGGGGAGAAAUUUUUAUUAACGUCUAGUCAGAAUCCAGUGCUGAAUUUUUGCCGAGUCGCAAUGAAACGCAUUUUUUUUGCCGUUGAAAUUCGAAUUUUAUAAAUUUGGGGAAGAAGAAGAAUUGAUAAAAAUAAGAAGCAGGAGGAAUUGAUAAAUUUUCGGAAGAGAAGGAUAUAAUAAAAAUAAGAAGUAGGAAAAAUUGAUAAAUUUGAAGAAGAGUUGGAAUUGAUAAAAAUAUGGAGAUAGAGGAAUUGAUCAAAAUAAGGAAAUUUGAGGAAUUGAUAAAAAUAAAGAGACGGAGUUAAUUGAUAAAAAAGUAAAGGUACAAAACAAAAGAAAAGAAUGAAUUUGGCGAGAGAUGUAGGAAGAAAUAUCGCGACCCUGAUGUAAGGGGGAGGGGAGAAAUUUUUAUUAACGUCUAGCCAGGGUGCAGUGCUGGCUUUUCGCCGAGUCGCAAUGACGCAUUUUUUUUUUUGCCGUUGAAAUUCGAACUCGGUCUCGGUUAGGGCAUGACUCUCUCUAAUACGUGCAUAUAUCUACCGCGUUAUUCGCGAAACCUGAGCGCCGAGGAUGGUUACAGUUGUCCCGGCAGCGACGGUCCACGGAGGAGUGAAGGAGCGGUUGAUGAAGCGGGCUAGGGGAAGGAUGAAGUUGGAGUAAAAUCUUAUCAUCGAUAUCCACCGGGAUUCCAAGUGCCAAGUAAACAGACUCGUAUUUGAGAUUUCCCAUGCGGGGUUGACAGAGAGGGAGAACGAGAUGGUUGAAGACGUGGAAAAAAGAGGGGAAAAAGGGGAACGGGAUAAGGAGGAUAAGUGAAACGCGGAAGGGGAGGGGAGAAGCGGUUGCGCCGGGAGGAAGGAAGCGGAAAAAGGAGAGAGAGAGAAUGUGUGUGUGUGUCCGGAUAUUCGUGGACACGAUGAAAACGAAUAAAGCGGGCCCGGAUGUCCCUUAAGAGAUCUUCAUCGAGAGAGCUUUUGUACGUAAUACCGCAAGCUCGAAAUUACGUUCUAUCAUCCCCUGUUCCUUCAUAUUUCUCGUAUCCUGAGAUGCUAAUAAUACUACACGCUCGAGCGUGUGAGUAAGAAUGUGCAAUCGGGUCGAGAAAUUUGAUUUUGAAAUUAUACACCGUUUCUUUUUCCUCUUUUUUUCUUCCGCGCUCUAACGCGUGCGUAACGAAGCGUUUUCGUUUGGAACGCGUGAAAACGAGGCUUGCGGUUCCCCGCGUCGAGUAACAGACCGUAGUAUGCAGGCUGGUGUCCAGGGAAUAGCCGAGUAUUUACCGUGUUAUCGUGUUUCGGUAUUAUUAAUCGAAAAUCCCCCACGGUUUGCAUAUUCUCGGUGGAUAAUUCUUCGGUGAAUAUGAAUAUUUCGACCUUCUCGACAAGCAGUCCUCGUUUCGACUCGACGAACAGUGCGGAGGGAGGAGGGGCAUGGAAGGAACGACCUUGAUUUUUUUCCUUUCGCGUAAAAUUCUAUUUCUAUUUGCCGUGCGAUUAUUUGCGUGUGGACCGAGUUUUUCGAAAUUAGGCGAGAAGGUUGGCGUAAAACGUUGGCGACCGUUUGAUCACCGCGUGUCAUUUGUUUAUUUCGGCGCAACGUCAGUAUCGUCCAUUUCUAAAUUUUCAACGAUAUUCUCCAGUGACGGACACGUCACGUCCAAAUUAAGGGUUAGACAGAGAAGAAGUUUCGUGGUGAUAAAUCUCACCGAAAUUCGAAAAUUUCCGCUUCUGCUUCCUUUUUUUAUGUUUUCUUCGUCCCUCCCCCACGUUUUUUUUUUCCUUUCCGAUUCGCAAAUCGACAUAUCCAACGACGCUCGAAUCGUCGAAUCCGGUUGAACUUGGAUCGUCGGAUCGUGCAAUCAGGGAGGGAGAGGAGGGUCGAGUGAAGAAAGAUCGAAAAAGGUAAAGGAAGAAGGAGGAGCCGAGCCGCGUGCUUGUCACCAAGAGGGGAAUUGAUUAGCUGAUUAGUCGAGAACGAGAAUCGCAAACAUGCUGUCCGAAAGGAUCAAAUACGCCAUGGACCAUUUGUCCCACAAACAGCACAUCUCCCUGUUGGCACGACCCAACUGGAGAAGAAUCCAAAAGAAACACGUGCACAUUUUGCCACGACCCUACAGCAUCCGGCGAUCAGCGUUGAAAGCACGAGCGUCGAAAAGAAUCAAAGUGAUGGCCCAGCCGAAACACGUUACGAAAAAAUACGAUCCAGCAAAAGCACCGCCACUGUUUCCGCGAAUCCAUCCGAAAACUCUCGCGGCCAAAACCACGAAACGCAUCAACGACUUGGCACUUCCCACAAAAAGAACACUGUUGGCGAACAUGAGGUUCCCGACUAGCGCCAACAUAGCCAGCACACUUUUGAGAGUACAAAAAUCACGUUACCGGAGGUAUCGAUUCUUCUGCAACGCCAGACAACAGCGAGAAAUGAAGAGGAAGCAAAGGAUAAUGGCGAAAUUGCGUCGAGCGAUCAAACCGGACGAGUGGGAACACCACAUGGAGGUGUUGGAGAUACUGUCCGCUCCCAAAGUCCCGCCCAAGCCUAGACCCAUCAAGAAGAAGAAAUGGAGGCCGUUCAACGUGCGGAGGUUGGAAGAGUUGGCAACGCCGCCCGCGAGAGAGAUGCCUGUGGGCAGGGAUCCGUUCAAAGUGCCGAUGACCGCUCUAACCUACAAGAUUAGCAAACGCCUUCUCAAGAUCGCGUUCCCGAAAGUACCGACGGAGAUCAUGCCGCCUCGUAUUCCCGGCAAGGUUUCCCCGGCCGCGCUCAAGGCCGUAGCCUCCCCAAGGACGAUAAACCUUGCGAAACCGGUUGAACGGCCCGCCGGGAUGGAGACAGACCUAAGGGAAGACGCUUUCACAGUCUCGCCGCUGGCUUUAAAGGCGAGAUGUUCGAGGCGAUUGAAAAUGUUAGCCAGGCCCAAGAGGAGGAGAUGAUCGCUCGCGUUUCACACCGCGACCGUGUCUCCUUAAUUGUGAUUCGUAAAUGCAUAAAUUGACGUCUUCGUAUUAUCGUCCUCUAUCUAUCUAUAUAUAUAUAUUUAUAUAUAAACGCGUUAAAAGCGCGUUCACGUGUAUCAAAAUGUAAUUAAUUUUAAUAUAUAAUCUAAUCUCUCGACGAAA